AUGCGUCUUAGAAAGAAGGGCGCUACAAUGCAUAUCGUAGAGGCCUACUUUAGUCUUGCCAUUGCCGAGAGAUUAUUGAUGUUGAUCCGGCUCGUUGUCUUGAGUUUAGCCACGAUUUCAAUAGGCUACCCUCUUAAUCGCAGUAUAUGCUACUGUUUCAGCCGGCAGAUACUCACUCAAGUCUUGAAAGAGCGUGAAGCUAACCUGGCGAAUCGUCUCAAUGCAGACGAAGCUACUGAGGCGACUCAAAAAGCUCGGGCUUAUGAGAUGGAGAGGCAAAAUGGCGUUCAGCCGCUGAGGGUAUUUGUAGAGCAGGUUUUCAAAUUUAUGGCUCUAGUAGAGCAAAGCUUGUGCAGCUGUUCUUGUGAUUUCUCACCUUUACAAUUUUCUGCAAUCAUUGUGCUGCCUGCCAACAAGUUUGAAACCCACGAAAACGUCAUGAGCACAACGGCGGCUUUUCUACUUCUCGUCCUGGCAGUUACCACAGCAGCUGGGACGGAAAAUAUGCUGGAAAGACAUGUGUUUGUUCACAUUCUGUCCAGUUCAGAGGCCUUUGGAGUAAUGACGACUAAAUCACAUAGAGCGUAUGAUGGGGACAUGAGAAGCCUUUGGACGGCGCAUGAAAACCAACCUCCUGUAGCAGCCAAUGCCGGCUUCGUUUCCUUCUCACUGCUUCUUUACGGCAUAUUGACUCCCGAAUUCAUGCUUGACAUGGUUGUCUACGGUAUCUUCAUGGUCGGUUGCGUUCUCGGCUCCUUGACUAUCGCCAUCUUCGGCUUUGGAGAAUGA